GCAGACUCUGUACUGCUAAAGUAACAAAAGAUUUGUUCAACAGUUAAUUUAUAGCCACUAUUUUUCUUGAACACUUUGCUCAGAAUACAUAAGACAUGGGAAAUGUCACAUGUCUUAUAAUACUUGCAGGACUGUGUUCUCUCUGUCUUUGUAUGCAUCAGCAUCAAUAUGUCUUAUUCCACAGUCCAAAAACCUGGACCGAUGCACAGAGUUACUGCAGGGAAACAUGCAUUGACCUGGCCACAAUCGAAGACAUGAAGGAGAUGGAUAUGGCUCUUCAAAGUGUUGGAAAUGACUACAGUGAUGCCGUAUGGAUUGGGUUGCAUAGAGGAAAGGAGCUAACUUGGCAUUGGUCUCUGGCAGACAAAUAUUUCUACAAGGAUGGAGAAAAAAAUUAUAUAAAAUGGAAAAAGCCUUUAAGUACUAAUAACUGUGCUACUUUCAGUAAUGGAGAACUUUCUACACUCUCCUGUCUUGAAAAUAGACAUUCAAUCUGCUUUGAUAGAACAAAGCAAGGAGCAGCUCAGUAUAUCUUCAAUCCAAAUUUAAUGACAUGGACCGCCGCUCGAGAUUUCUGCAGAGAAAACUACACAGACCUGGUCAGCCUGAGGAAUGACGCAGAAUACGCGACAGUCCAGGAAGUAGCCAAUGGAAAAUCAGUAUUUGUUGGUCUCUUCAGAGACCCAUACGAGUGGUCAAACCUGACUGACUCCUCACUAAGGUACUGGAGGGAAUCCCAACUGGUAAAUACAGAAUAUCAUCAAAACUGUGUUGCAAUGCUGAAGAAUGAAUCUGGCAAAUGGGGAGACAGGAAAUGCACAGAAGUUCAUCCUUUCCUCUGCAAAUGCAUACAAACUAAACUGCAGUUCAUAAAACUGAGGAUCAGCCUGCAGGACUCAAGUUUGGAUCUGAAUGACCCUGCAGUGCAAAACAGCAUCUUGGAACAAAUGAAGCAAAGGCUGGGUGGAAGUGUAAGUGGUGUCAACAAACUUAACUGGAAAAAACACUCAGAAGGAAAAGUUUUCAUCAAGGAAACAGAGGAACACAACCAAUGAGACGAAUACAGCAGGACUGCUAAGAUUCUGACUUGAAGAUGUAAAAGCCCACCAACCAGGAUGGUAAAAAAACUUUUAGCUGUUGCUGAUUAAACUCUUUUCAAUAGGAAUGCUUAGGCGCUAAUAUGAUGACUAUCUUCAAUAACUCUGUGAGUCAUUAGGCUUUUUAAUUUAGCCUGCCUCUUAUUUUUUAGCAAAUUCAGAAAUCCAACCAUAUGAUCUAUCAUCUAUCAUUAAUAUGUCCUACUUUCAUCCUGAGAAUUUCAUCUUUCAUUUAAUUUAGAGCCUCCUGUGUAGAAAAGAUACACAUUAACAUGUGCACCAUUAAGACUAAGAUUACUUUCAGUCUUCAUCAUAAUGAACUGGUCCACAGGAAAAAACCCAGUAACAACAGGAUUAAGCACUAACAUGGUAAACACGAAAUAAAUUAGCAAGGAUAUGUAUCCAGUAAGCUUUAACAACAAAAAAUGUAAGUCCUUCAUGUAUAUUAGUUUUACUUCAAACCAAUAGUACUCAAAAGGAACUGAAGAGUAUUUCAAGAACAUCUAGAGAAAAUGAAUGAAGAGCAAAUGCUGGCACCUCUGAAGUUUAGUGUCUGGAGACCAACACCAGACAUUGUUGAACUUCCUUCAGGUUAAGCAACUGUUCCUUUCUUUUUUGUGCAUUUUAAUGGGAAAGGAACAUGUUCACCACUUUACACAACACAAGAAAAGUACAUAAACUCUCCAUUGUUGCAGCUACUGCAGUGUUUCAAACUGCCAGCAGCCAUAUUGGAUUUUGAUGAAGGGGUUGAUGAGAUGACCUUCGAGUUUAAUUUUCCUGCUAGGAAUUUUUAGUUGGAUGUUUUGCUACAAUCAUGCAUUUAUUUUUAUUCUUCCGCUUUUUUGUGUGGGAAUAUGUCCAGCUCCAGUUUUGGUAUUGUUUCAAAACACCUUCACAGUGUCUUAGAAAACAUUAGAAUUUAUAUUAAUUCCAGUAUAAAGAUAUGUAAUCUGUAAUAAUUUAAGAAGUACUGCAUUAUUGUAUGACAUGAAACGGUCAGCAGGAUUUUAUAUUGAUAAAUGGUUUUAAGGAAAUUUUUUGCCAACUAUUUGUCUUUUAGAUACAUGACUUGCUAAGUUCACAUGCUAUCUGUAUUUUUUUCAAACUAAAAGUUAAUAAAGUAACUUGUCUGGCCUUGUUUUAUUUAAUUGUUUUGCAAAGGUUCUUUGCGGUUUUCAGUCAUCCAAAAAGAUUAGAAAAUACCAUGCUUAUUUCCCAACUUAAAACCAAAACCAGAUACAGGUGAUAAUCUGAUAGGAUAAAUACCAUGAGCAGUCAGACUUUAUUUACUUUUGAGGAGAAAUAAAGAUGGCAGCUGAGAUUGAUGUAGCUGUCUUUGCUAAUGUACAGUACAUGAG